AUGUUGCCCUUUCUGAGGAUCCACCAAACCCGAGCCAGCCCGGCAGCGGGUGUGUUCCUGCUGGGCCAGGUCCUGGUGCUGCUCUGGCUGUCCGGGGCUUGGGCUGAGGUCCUGGUACAGCCAGAUUUUGAUGCCAAAAAGUUCUCAGGUCUUUGGUACGUGGUCUCCAUGGUCUCCGACUGCAAGGUCUUCCUGGGCAAGAAGGACCACUUGCUCAUGUCUAGCAGGACUAUCAGGGCCAUGCCAGGGGGCAACCUCAGUGUCCACAUGGAGUUCCCUCGGGCUGACGGCUGUCACCAGCUGGAUGCUGAGUACCUGAGGGUGGGCUCUGAGGGGCACUUCAGAGUCCCAGCCCUGGGCUACCUGGACGUGCGUGUGGCAGACACAGACUAUGACACCUUCGCCGUGCUCUACAUCUAUAAGGAGCUGGAGGGGGCGCUCAGCACCAUGGUCCAGCUCUACAGCCGGACCCAGGAAGCAAGUCCCCAAGCCACAAAGGCCUUCCAGGACUUCUACCCCACCGUGGGGCUCCCCAAUGACAUGAUGGUCAUGCUGCCCAAGUCAGAUGUGUGCUCCUCUGCAGGCAAGGAGGCUUCCUGACCCAUCCAGAUACCCACCUUGGCCCUUCCUCCCAGAGGGAGCUGGAGCAGCAGGCCUCAUCGCCCUGACUUCUCUGGACCCAGCGUCCCCCCUAUGCCUGGGGUAACUCCGUCCUCCCCAUCCUUGGGCCCCCCUUUCCUUUCAAUAAACAUAUUCUGCAGUCGAGAGGCUCCUCACCUCUU